AUGGCUUCUCCAAACACUCCAGGCUCCUUGGAGCGCUUACACUUCGGGAGUCUGUCCAGACCGAACCUCACGCCGAGGCUGGAUAAUCCGCCAGGCCUUCGAAAAAAGGGCGAGCUGGACCAGGAGUCCGGGUCUCUGCGGGCGCGCUCCGCGUAUGCAAAUCGCCGCUUUGCAUGGGCCCGGGGCCAGGAACGGGGGCCCUGCCAGGGGGCGUGGCCGGCGGCCCCCGCCCCGCGCCGCGCCGCGCCGCGUGCUCACCUGGGGAGUGUGGCAAUCCUGGCCGCGCCGAGGGCUGCCCGGGCGGGCGGGAGCAGCGGAGCGCGCGACGGCGGCGGCGACGGCUCCGGCAGCGGCUCCCGCGGCGGCGGCGGCCGGGACGGGAGGAAGGAGACCCUGGCUUCCCCGGGGGCCCGGCUGGGGCAGACGCGAGGGGCCUGGGGGGGAGCUGGCUUUGGCCCCUCCUGGGGCAGGAUGGUGAAUCUGGAACCCAUGCACACAGAUAUCAAGAUGAGUGAGGAUGUGGCAGAUUCCACGAAUGCUCGCAGUGCUCUCGGCCAGGUGGAGACAGGAAAUGAUCGAAAUGGCCUAGAUUUCAACAGGCAGAUUAAAACUGAGGACCUCAGUGACUCCCUGCAGCAGACCCUCUCUCAUCGGCCAUGCCACCUGAGCCAAGGACCUGCCAUGAUGGCCGGAAACCAAAUGUCUGGGGACAUGACUACCCUCCACCCGCUCCAGCAGCUCGUGCUGGUUCCUGGCCACCUACAGUCUGUAUCCCAGUUCCUGCUAUCUCAGACCCAGCCUGGGCAGCAAGGUCUGCAGCCAAAUCUUCUCCCCUUUCCACAGCAACAAAGCUCGCUCCUCCUCCCGCAGACGGGGCCUGGCCUGGCGUCCCAGGCAGUUGGGCGCCCCGGGCUGCCAGGAUCUUCUUUAGAACCCCACCUGGAAGCGUCCCAGCAUCUCCCAGUGCCCAAGCAUCUACCCAGCUCUGGAGGGGCUGAUGAGCCCAGUGACCUGGAAGAGCUGGAGAAGUUUGCCAAGACCUUCAAGCAGAGGCGCAUUAAGCUGGGCUUCACACAGGGAGACGUGGGGCUGGCAAUGGGAAAGCUUUAUGGCAACGACUUCAGCCAGACCACCAUCUCGCGGUUUGAGGCCCUCAAUCUGAGCUUCAAGAACAUGUGCAAGCUGAAGCCACUGCUGGAGAAGUGGCUGAACGAUGCAGAAUCCUCUCCGUCAGACCCCUCCAUGAGCACUCCCAGCUCUUACCCCACCCUCAGCGAAGUGUUCGGUAGGAAGAGAAAGAAACGGACCAGCAUCGAGACCAACAUCCGCCUGACUCUAGAGAAGAGAUUUCAAGAUAACCCCAAACCCAGCUCAGAGGAGAUCUCCAUGAUUGCAGAGCAGUUGUCCAUGGAGAAGGAGGUGGUGAGGGUCUGGUUCUGCAACCGACGCCAAAAGGAGAAGCGAAUCAACUGCCCUAUGGCCACACCCAUCAAAUCGCCCAUUUACAAUUCCCGACUGGUCUCUCCGUCUGGGUCUCUGGGCCCCCUCUCUGUCCCUCCCGUCCACAGCACUAUGCCUGGAACAGCAACGUCAUCCUGUUCCCCUGGGAACAACAGCAGCCCUUCGUCUCCUGGCUCAGGACUCCACGCCAGCAGCCCCACUGCAUCUCAAAAUAACUCCAAAGCAACAGUGAACUCCUCCUCCAGUUUUAACUCUUCAGGAUCUUGGUACCGAUGGAAUCACCCCACCUACCUCCACUGAGACCAAAAAGUUUCUCCUAUUCCACCUGGCCCUGUAUUCCCCACUGGAAGGAAGGGAAGCACACCUUCUCUGUAUGGAAAGAUUACUUUCAGAAGAGUGGCAGAGAAUCUCCACUAUCAAUGAACCCAAAUUCUUGCCUUCUUCAAGAGCAAGGACCUCUGGAGAUCCAAACUGUGAUUGAACCAUGUGCUGACUCCUAGAGCUCUUGAAAUAUGUACCCCUCCUAGGAGUUUACCCUUUUCCUCCUCCUUAUCUGUGCCCUUAUCCUCUAGUUCUAAAUAUUUUAGAUGGCUUCACUGUGGCCGUAGUCUUUCAGAGAAAGGACUUCUUACUAUGAUUCUCCAACUCAUCUGUGGGCUUCUGGGGACAGCCAUUUGCUUGGCAUGCCAAACAACCAGGAGAGGAGACAAUGCUUUUGACUCUGAACUUAGCCGCAAUCUCCGAACUGAUUCAAAAAUCUGUGAGAAGAUUUGAAUCUGAUGUCUCCACUAAAGCCUUGAUGGUUUUCUCUGUUCAGCAGAGUUUUCUGACUGAAUCUUCAUUUCACCCCAUUUUCCUUUUAGCCCUGCUCCCUUUUCUAGAACCAAAUCCAUCGAUGAUUGCGUUCUCCAAGUUCCCUCCUCUUUACAGAAGGCUGAGCCACCGUCAGUCCCUGGGCACAUUUCUUUACCCACAGGUGCUCUUCUGUCUGCUACGUCUGGCCAGAGUUCAGCAGUGCUUCCUCCCUCUCUUCUUCCCUGUGUUUCCCCUCAUCUUGUCCUCUCUUCCUUCUCCUGGCUGCAGAAGGAAGCACACAAAAGCCAAAAUGCAACAAUUAUGCUGGCAAAAUACCUGUAUAUAGCCCUUUCCUGUUUUUGCAUUAUGUUCUUCUCUCCUUCAUGUGGAAUUUUCCAGCAAAAUGUUUAACUCAGGUGUGAAUUUUGAGGACAUCUCUGUAAUAUUUUAUCUUCUUUUAAAAAAAAGAAAGGAAAAAAUACCAAAGUGUGAAAUACUGUGCUAGCUCCCACAGGAGUUCCCACGGGGGCUGGGAAUCCUUGUUGACUUCUUGGGAACGUUAUCUCUAAUCUCCUUCUUUGUGGGCCAGUGUGUAGAGAUGUAACAUGAAGCCAUUCCAGAAAUGGUAACUUUUUUUAAAAAAAGACUGCAUAUCCAAGGAAAUGUUGAGAUUCAAAGGAAUCUCUCUGUUUCUAAAUAAAUUUGUAUAGUGAUGGUGUAAACUAUUCCACUAUUGAUAAGAAGAGGUCGA